UCCGUGCGCCGGAGCUUGUGGCGUCAAUGCGCCCGCCGUGUCCAUGGAGAGAGGUUGAGGUGGCCGAGCUCCGGUCCGAGCCACCAGGACACCGGGACGGCGAGGAUGUCGGCUUCGUUAGUCCGGGCCACUGUCCGAGCUGUGAGCAAGAGGAAGCUACAGCCCACCCGGGCCGCUCUCACCCUGACACCUUCAGCAGUAAACAAGAUAAAACAACUUCUUAAAGAUAAGCCUGAACACGUAGGUGUGAAAGUUGGUGUCCGAACCAGGGGUUGUAAUGGCCUUUCCUAUACUCUAGAAUAUACGAAGACAAAAGGAGACUCUGAUGAAGAAGUUGUUCAAGAUGGAGUCAGAGUGUUCAUCGAGAAGAAAGCACAGCUGACACUUUUAGGAACGGAAAUGGACUAUGUUGAAGACAAAUUAUCCAGUGAGUUUGUGUUCAAUAACCCAAACAUCAAAGGAACAUGUGGCUGUGGAGAAAGCUUUAAUAUUUGACUCCUCAGGACUGUUUGGGCCAUAGGCCCCAGGAGAGCCGUGGAACUCUAGGGCUUGUUGAAGAAAUCAUGUGACUGUCACAUGCUUAAGGUUUGUAACGUGUGGCUGUCUUAAGAGAAAAAUAAAGUGAUGCAUUUUGAAAAUGGA